GUUGUGUUCUCUGAGCUGGGAGGCGUAGCCUGGUUUCAGGUGAACGGAACUUAAGGUACAAAAAAAAAAAAGAGACAGAGCAGGAGUUAGCUGGAGACAUCACCCGCAGGUCAGGAUGUUUCGCAGCUCCAGGAGGCGCAAGUCACAGGUAAGAUGGACACUUACUGCCGUUAACUUCAAACAUGUCCCCUCGCUUCGUAUUUCUUCGUUCUCUCCGGGUUUUUUUUUUUUGUCCAUGACUCUCUUACAAGCUCGAGCACGCAGGAAGCUGUCUCGCCCUCUUCCCAUCAGAGCUACAGCCUCAACGAUAAUUCCUCUUUUCUUCUCCGAAAGACCUAAGCCAGGGCUUGGUCACCAUGUGGAACUCCAGCUCCCAUCACCCUAAGGCAGCCUUGGAAGUCAGAGGUCGACAAAAAAAAAAGCAAAGCUUUGUAGCGUGUAUUUAUUUGUCGUUCGUCGUAAUAAGUGACUAAUGUGUAUGUCGGAUGAUGAUGAUGUAAUGACUGCAUUGUAAGUGCAGGUUAUCCAUUUCAGAUUAAGGCUUAUUUUAUUAUUAAAAUGACAUUGUUAGAUUUUUAGGUGUUGCACCUGUUUGAAUGGGUAGUAAGUGAACACAUCAUCUGACUGUCAACUAACAGUGGGCAGUGGGUUUAUUCACUAAAAAAUAAUUUAUAUCAAGUCGUAACCAAUGCAAACUUUAAGGCCAAGUUGAAAGAAAAUAUAUAUUCUGCCACUAUUUUUUUUUACAGACUAAAUCUUUUAAUAGUCACUUAGAUAGGCAACUUGUGAGUAUAGCUAUCCGAGGAUGAGAAUUUUUCUACAUAAGCCAUUGUUUAACCUAAAUUUUGCACUUCAGUGCAUCUAAAUUCUGUGUUUAGUGAAUAAAUACCAUGGUUUUUGAAAAACGUUAACAGUUUGUAGUGUCCGACCGUCCACAAUUACAGUGUGUUGACGUAUUGGAGUUUUGGUAUAGAUCAUUAUUUUGUUAUCUAAAUUCAAGGCAAGUUUAUUUAUUACACUGGAUUAUCAUUUAAAAAAAAAAUUUUUAUGGUUUCAUCUAGGCUAAAAUAGAUUAUUUUGUGAAAUUCUCCUACAUAGCUAUAAUCAAAGCUUGACUAUGUUGGCCUAAAUCUUGCUGUUUGAUUUAAUUUGCUAGAAGUCAAUGUUUAGUGAAAAACUCUGGCUUAUUUACGAAUGUUGUUGGGGCUUUUACGUUUUCGUUUGGCUGGGGGGUUGCGCUCUGCUAAUUUGCUUGCAAGCUUUCAUGUUUUUACUUUGGCUGCUUAAUAACAGGGACAAACCGAAGCCAAAGGUUAAUAAAUUGCAGUGUAACCAACUGAAACCAUCCCAUUAGCAUCCAGUAAAAAAAAAAAAAGUCCAUGAAAUUCAAACUUCUCCUUUUAAAUAUAAAGACAGAACUGUAUCACACUGAUAUACUGAUAUAUUAGUUUCUAAACUGCGUUAUUAAAAUGGUUGUAUAGGAGCCCUGUUUUAAUUUGCUCCCGGUUUUAUCUGUGCUUUGUGCAAGCCAAACGUAUUAACUAAUGUAUACAUAGAGAGAUGCACACCUUAGAAUGUUCGUCAACCAAUCAGAUUGAAGCAUUCAACGGCCCUGUAGUAUAAUAUAAAAUAUUGCCUUCGAAACAUUUGCUGAACUCCUUUUUUUCGUCAGUUUAAAAAACGUACAAGUAUGGCUGUUGUGGUUAGUUUUGAAACAUCAAACCAGCCACAAUUACUGGGUGUGUAGCAAUGUGGGAUACUGCUCGUUUAAUGCAUUGUAGUAGCCAUAUUGGAGGAGGCAGGAGAGAUCUGUAGGUAAGUAUAUCUUUAAAUAUGUACAUUUCCUGACAAUUUUGCUAGCAUUAUGUAUAUAUCAGAUCUGGACAUCUACCUGAAGGGGAUCUUUUAAUUACACACUCACCUUUGUGGGCAAUCAUCUACUGUUAUACGCGUGUCUAAACAUACAUUUCGACCCAGUAUUCUGUCAAGUCAUCUUUUUGGUUAAGAAAUAAAGGUUUUUCACUUUUUUCAGAGCGAAUUAUGUCACAAUGAACAUCGGCUUUUUUUUUUUUUGUAAAAUAAAAGAGAGAUAUUUAGAAAAGAAUUACUAAUAUAAAACAUUUAAAAAAAUAUGAAAGUUUCCAAAGUGGAGCAAAUGUCAUGGAAACCAAAAUUCUGGUUUCCAUGGUGAUUGGUCUGCUUUUAAAACUUUGGCCCACUUUUCUAUUACUAGUACUUUUAUUUCUCCUCCACUGUAUUAAAUAGAAGUUUUCACAUAAUUGUGUGCAACACUAUGAACACAAUGAAUAAAAGGCAGUGUUUUCUAUGAAAACCUGUUCCUCCAACCGGCUUUGUCAGCUCUAAUUUUUCGUUGCCUAAGGCUCUAGCUUAAAAUUGCUCUGCAUAGCAUCACACACACAUUACUGGCACUCGACAGAUAAAAGGACAAUAAAUACCCAAGAAUUUAAUUUGAAUAAUUAGUUUUAUGAAGCCUGCAUUGUCUCUUCCCACCAACUCUGGUGAGGUGAAUAGUUGCAUUGUUCAGAUAGCAUACCUGCAAAGUGACCCUCCACUGGAGGAACAGUCCCUAUUUAGGGCACAAAUCCCUCUUUUCUAUUGAAAUUGUUUUUUUUCUUUUCUAGAAGUUCCAUAUGCAUUGCAUGUAUGAGUGUAUAACAGAGUUCCACAGCAAUAAAACUCUAAACUAAUCUGUCUUUAACCCCUUAAGGACACGACAUGUGUGACAUGUCAUGAUUCCCUUUUAUUCCAGAGGUUUGGUCCUUAAGGGGUUAAAGGGUUACUCUAACCAUCAUAAUAACCACUGCUACAGCCGCUGUAGCAGUUAUGGUGUCUGGACUACCAAGGUACCAUUCCUUGUUUUACAACUGCUAGCCCUUUUACCUGGUCAUGCCAGGCUCUGGGUCUACUGUGCAUCAGGCUUACAACAUUCAGCUUCUGCAGAGCUGCUAAGGCUGGAUACUGUCCUGACACUCAUUCAUUAGCUAUGAGUGUCAUCUGAUCACUCUCAGCAAAAUAAACAUUGAAAACUCAUCACUUAAGGAUGGACAGCUUGGUGCUAUCUUCUCGUGCAUGUGUGAGAAUACAACUCUAAUGUCUAUGGAGGGUCCCGUGAGACCAUGGGAGCCUCCAUAGAUAUUAUCUGGAGAUGAACGAGAUAAUGUCUUAUUGCACAGCUCUUGUUAGCAUGGCUGGGGAAAGUGGCAAAAUUUGCCAGCAGUAGCUCUGCCAUUUGCCAUGUUUUGUUACGGCAGAGAUUCACCAUAAGUCAAAGUUGUCUAUACUUUGUCUUAUGAUAUCUUUUGCGACAGCAUUGGGUUUUCAGUGAAAUUCCAUUUUACCCUUUUUUAAAAAAAAAUUAUUCUUUAUUUGUUUAUUAGUUUUACUUUCAUAAAUUUUUAGUACGGCAGUACAAUGUUACAGCAGAACAUAAUACUACUUUUUGAAGGGUUGCUGAGUUUCCAGUGCAUAGUACAUUGUGUAACAUCACAAUUGUUGCUAAUGCAGUAUAUCCCGGCCUUGUGCAAAAUGAACAAUAGUUGUAAAAAAAAAUAGGAACAAAAUAAACGACAUAACGGGUAGUACAAGGAGAACAAUAAAGCAUAUGUGACAUAAGUGUGUUUCAGCAUAAAAUUAUAAUUAAAUAUAAAUAAUAGCAUGUCAAGUCACCCCUAGAGUGACCACUCUUACAGAUGUUCUAAAGUACCAAUAGGGGCUUAGUGCUUGAGGAUAGUCAUGUCGCUUGUCAGAUAAUGUUGUAGUACCAAAUCACGGUUCCGUAUUCAUCCCAUGGGUGGAGGUUUGUAAUGGACCACAGUGUGGUUGUUGCCAUCAAUGCCAUUUAGGGUUAUAAUGUAUUGUGAUGGCCACAAGCUUGUGUGCAUAACUAAUGAGUUGUUCAGUGGGGAUGUAGAAAUAAAGUGCCAGUAAUAUAAUUGUGAAAUUCCUUCUUAUCUUUAUGAAAUGCUUUUUUUUUUCUAGUGAGAGAGACCUUUAUACGGUAUUUUGGUUUUAGUUUUCACGUGAUUGUCUUAUCCAAGGCCAGCAACAAAAACAUAAUGUCUAAGUAGGAGUAUUUUGCUUUUUCCCCCUGUAAUAGAUAGCUGCGUAUUAAUUGGGCCAUGAUUCCAGCUGAAUUGUUAGGAGUUUACAAUGUGUAGUGCAGUGACUUUUUAGAUACUAGGCCAGAAUAGUCAGACUGAAAACUUUGCUGACAUGAAGUAUUUUUCCAGAUCAAUUAUUUUAGUCUUAGGAGAGGAGCUCCGACCCACACAGCCAUAAUAGCGAGCUUACCCAGAAGCAAGGCACGAGAAUGGGGCGCACAAACCGCCCGGACGACUCCCAGACACCCAGGAGCCACCCUAGCAGCUCCCAGACCGGACCCAUGGAUGGGUACCUUGCUCCGACAAUGACCGUGCACCACAAGGCUGCGGGUUGCCAAUAUGGCCGACUCCCCAACCCGUGCACUCACCUCUGAGCCUGCCGAACCCUCGCUGGCUGACAUAAGCGAAGACAUCCAAGCCCUGGCAGCAGCAAUGGUAACAAAAGAAGACCUGCGGGCCCUCUCUGAUAAUCUGUACGCGGCGAUCCACACGGAGGUGACCGCGCUCAGGGCUGACAUCACAGUGCAGGCCAAUAGGGUGCAGACGGCAGAAACAACUGUGCAAGCCAUAGCAGAAAGAGUUGAAGCCUCAAACUUUGCUAUAAACAGACAAGGUAACAUGUUAUUAGCACUAAGACGCCAAACUGAAGACCUUGAUAACAGGGGUCGCAGGUCAAACAUAAGGGUCCGCAGACCUUGCAGACCUUAUUCCGUGACAUCCUGGGACCGGAGGCUCAUAGUAUUUGACAGAGCACACAAGGCUAACAGAGCACGCACAACAGAUAACACGCCGCGAGACAUUAUAUGUUGUCUGCAUACCAACAAGCUAAAAGAAAAAAUCAUGAACAAAGCCCGCUCGAGACCUACAUAGCGGUUCCGCGAUGCAGAAGUGGCACUAUAACAGGACCUGUCACCUCUUACGCUGGAAGUUCGCAGUGCCCUGAGGCCCGUUACAUCACUCCUCAGAGAAAGAGGGAUCCCAUAUAAAUGGGGUUUCCCCUUUAUGCUCCUGGCUAGGCACCACAACGAGUGGACUCCAUUACAAUGGCCAGAAGAGGUGCCAGAUUUCUGCAACGUCUCAGCCUACCACCAACGGAAGUCACCAACUGGAUUCUGGGGCCAACGGAACAGAGGCAGGGGCCCCAAACUCCAGGACAACUGUGCAGAUGUAGGGACGAAACGCUGAGGCGCCCGCAGGCCCGCAGGCAACUUGCACCUACAGACCUGAAGGAGUGAUGAUAGGGGAACCACCUACACCCACCAGACAAGAAGAACCGGCCAAGACACAAGCACUCUACCCUGGACUGCGGACCAUUAGGGGUACCAGAGUCUUCCUGUACACCGCAGAAAACAGAUAAGUCCUGCUUUGCACACACACAUAAGUAGGAGCACUCACAUGGACACCCACAGGUGGGCCCCUAGGCACCAUAACAGCACACUCUUUCGGAUGGAAUGAACUACCAAGUUGAAUUGGGAAAGGGGGCUGGGGGGAGAGGGGGUCAUUAGGCACGCAUGGGGAAAGUGCCCGUAUAUGCCCACAGGGGGCAAGCUGGGAAGAUGCACGAGAAAGCUGGACAUUUGCAGGACACACGAAACCCGCAAUACAGCGGAGACACUCUGGGAACCCGGGGCGCCGUCAGCCGAUGGUAGCAAUAUGGGAGUGUCCACACAGUACCACAUUACCACUCUAAAUAUUGUCUUGGAUAUUGUCUGGGGGUGGCGGGAGCGGGGAGGAGGGAACCUAAGGGAGCUCAUAAAUGUGAAAUUGUAUUGCUAGGUUGUGCUAUGUAGGGUGCACCUACAGACGGGGGACAAGUAGGGGUAGAAGGAUACAUUAGGGGAUUACAGAGUAAGGGGGGAGGGAGGGGAACUGCCAGAGUAAGGUAGUUGUUCAGAUGCUUUUCUAUUGACAGCUUGAACUCGGGAGCUGACAUCGGCGGGGGAGGAGAGGUCACCAGCGCCAAGGGAGCCCAGCACUGGAAUAAGGUAAGCUGCUGAAGGGGUUUUAACCCCCUUCAGCGCCACGGGAUGGAGACCCUGAGGGUGGGGGCACCCUCAGGGCACUAUGGUGUCAGGAAAACCGCUUUGUUUUCCUGACACUAUAGUGAUCCUUUAAGGAAAGCAAAUUACCUUUGUUGUACUUCUGUGUGAAUGGCCAGGGUUGGAUUUACAUGCCAGAUAGCUGUAGGCACAGAAUUCUAAGCAACCCCCCAAAUAAGGUUCUACUUAUUAAGGUACUGAUUAGGUGAUCGCAUGAACCAAAUCUUAUUUAAUGAGGAAAAGUAUAAAAAUUACUGCAAUGGCCAAAACUAUUCUCCUGCAAUAGGACCAGCUGGAUGGCAAGUAAUUGGAAUAAAAUAACUAGAACCAAUGUGAAAAGUGUUGAAAAGAAAAGUUUUGAGUUCGGAUAAGAAGGGUUAAAUUCUGGCUUUACUGGCAGAGGGAUGCAGUGAAAGUCUGGUUGCUUCCUUUUUAAAAUUUCAAGGGUGGCGGUUCAUAAAAAUAAAGUCAAGCAGCUGACCUUGGGCACAAGAAAGCUAGAGACCACCAGACGGUGAAAACGACUCUCCACUGACUGGCAUGUCCACCAACUCAUUUAAAUGUCACUCAACAACCAUAGGAUGACAUCAAGUGAACUACAUAAAGAAUGGUAAAUAGCAGCUGGGGUGUUGUGAGUGGUGAGGACAAUUUGAAAUAGGCUCCUAGGCACAGGGAUAAAGUCGUGCAAAAAAAGUCCUUCAGCAAAAAAGAGCCAGGCUGAGAUUUGCAAAAGACGAUGAGAACAAAAGAGGAAUUUUGUAAGGUCAUCUUCUGUGGUGAGUCCAGUUUUCAACUUUGCCCAAGACUUGGUCGUGCAACAGUUAGACAGAGACCUUAAGAAGCCUACAAAGCACAGAGUCUCAUGCCCACUGUGAAACCUUGGGUGGAGGAUCAUGAAGAUCUAGGAGUGCUUCAGUAAGGCUGGAAUUGGGCAGAUUUAUUUUUGUGAAGGACGCACAAAUCAAGCCACGUACAAAGUUAUCUUGGAAGGAAACUAGCUUCUUAUUGCUUUGAAAAUGUUCCUCAACUCUUCCAGUAAAACAAUGCUCCAUGCCACACAACCAGGUCAAUCAAAGUGUGUUUGGAGGACCACCAAAUUAAGACCAUGUCAUAGUCAGCCAGACCUUACUGAAAACCACUGAAAUAUGAUCAAAGGAAGAUGGAUGUUUACAUGCCAUCAAACAAAGCAGAACUUCCUUAUUUUGUGAGUUUCUAUGCCAUGAGUGACACAAAGUCACCCAACAGCAAUGAGAAAGACUGGUAGAGAACAUGCCAAUUGCCUGACUGUUGAUUUCUGAACUCUUCCUAAGUUAUAACAGUAAAACCAGAGAAAGCAAUAAUUGUGCAGUGUUCUCUUAAUUUUUACCAGAGCUGUAUGUAUUAUAAACGCAUUUUUUAAUCAUUUUUUUUACAAUUGCAUAUGUGUAUAUAGUGUAUGUGCAUAUUGCUGCUUGUCAUGUAUUGUGUUUGGAUCCGUAACUAUAGUAAGUGUAUGCAGCCAGCUGUGAAAAUGUAUGCAGGGUCAAAGAUAAUUUUAGAAGUGAUUAGGGUAAAGGGAUGUUUAAGGUUAGAACUUGGUUAAAGUUAGAUUACUUAGCAUGUUAAAGGGAUUAAAAACUUGAGAGGGGUUAUAGUUGUGAUAUACGAGAUGUUUAGAAUUAUUAAGUUUAGGGUUAGAGUGGGGUCAAAUUUAGUAUUGGGGUACGCAGGUAGAGAGUUUUUUAUGUCUAGGCUUUUGCUUUAGGGAAGAGUUUGUUUAGAUUUUGGUACCAAGCAUUGGAGGCUGACUGGACUACAGAUGGGCACUGAGCAAAACGCUGGUACUGCUCUAACACCAGCCCACGUAAUCUCCAAAAAGACACAUUAUCAGUGCUGAAAACAGGCACCCUUUAUAGGCUAUGCACCUAUAGGCAGCUGCCUAAUGGGAAUUCCAGAGCUGUGAAUGGGACUCCUAAGAUGCCUUGUGCAUGCAUACCAUUCAUCUAACUUUUCCCCUUAAUUGCCUUAAAUGCCAAACUGUGCCAUAAUAUCCGUGUAAUGCAAAUUAAAAAAUGAGGGUUUUAAACAAGAGAUAAAUAAGGACACCCAACAACUAAAUUUUAGAUAGUUAAACUAUGCCAUCAUCUCCAAAGUAAUAAAAAAUAAGAAACUGGUCAUGUUCAAUAAUUUCUUUAUUUCCUUAAUAAAUGUUUUUGAAAACUUUUUAAAACUUUUUACUUUACUUUCUUAAAAUGGUUAACAGAUACCAUUUUGUUGAUGAUUGCCCAUUUGCCUAAUUUAACUUCUUCCAAAUAAAUAUAAUUUCAGCUUUUAAUGAGCUAGUUUUUUUUUCCGAGGGAAUGCAUAGAAACACACUUACCUCUGCUGCAAUUCUCGAUUAUUUGAGUUUUUCAUCCUCUCAGAUACCCAUUAUGUGCAUCUUUUUCCCAUUGUGCCAUGUGUUCGGAAUCAUGACACUUAGCUCAUUUGCAUUGAGUGCCAGGCUUUGCCAGGCCAGGCUUACUUUUGAUUCAAAUGUAAAUGUGAUGAAAUAGGUUUUACCUUAAGUGACAAUAUUAGUCAAACUAGCUGAUAUCAAAAAAUAUAAUUUUUUUCUGUUUUUGUGAAGAAAUUUGCAAUCCUCUGAAUAAUUGCAGACAGUCAAAUAGUUUAACGAGUAACCCUACUGCUAUAAUGUUGGUUUAUUUUUACAUUUUAAACCUGAACAGUCCUUCUCUCUUUACCAUAUUUUAUUUUACUAGGGUACAGAGGUGACAAUAACAGGAGAGGGACAGCCGUGCCUUUCGUGUGCGGAGCGAUGCCCUGGAUUUCUUGCACACAGAUGGAGGUAAGGACUCAUUCUACACACUGAUAUUAUGUAGUACUAUUUGCCCGUCUGUUAUCUGUGGGCAAGGCAUGGCAUGCCUCUGCAAGUUUUGUUGUUUAGCUGUGUCUGUUCAGUGUCUACUCUAACUGGUAUAUAUUGGAGUCUUUGUUUUCACCUGUGAAUUCCAUAGGGAUCUCUAACUGUUUAUGGAAUAACAUUCCCAAGGGUGAACAUUCCAUUGUGGGUAAGUCUUUGGUAGAAAAAAAAAAUAGAAGGAAUAUAAAGAAACUGCAUUCAAAUUUGUAAACAGCACUAGGACUGUUUAAAAUUACUCCAUCUACACAAUGAGUGUCCAGGACUCCAACUCCCACGAUGCUUUGCCUGCUCUAUGGUUGGUCAAGCAUAAUUGGAGUUGUAGUGGAGAUCUACUGUUUGGCCUUGGCUGAUCUGUACACUAAUAUAACAAUAUUGAGAUGUUGGUUGAGGUUCCCCACUAAAAAAAACACUUUAGUGUUAGAAAUACAAAGCUGGAUUCCUAACACUAAAAUGUUACUCUGACCUCUCCUUCCUGCAGCACUCAAAGUGUUAAAUAACCCUUGAAUUUGCUUACCUUAUUCCGACGUCAGCCCUGAGUGCGACGUCAGCCCUGAGUGCGAAUCUGCUGUGCAUGCGCUGUGAGCGUCGUAUGCACAUUAGGACUUCGUCAUAGAAAAGCAUUGAGUCAAUGCUUUCCUAUGGGGAUUUUGAAGACGCUGGACUUCCUCAUACAAACUCCGUGAAACAGCAGGAAGCGUCUCUAGUGUCCGUCUGGUAGACAGCCACUAGAGGAGGAGUUAACACUGCAAUAUAAACAUUGCAUUUUCUCUAAAACUGCAAUGUCUUUAUAUUGAAUGGUUAAAGGGAAUAGGGACACUGCAUACAGAUCACUUCAAUUAGAUUAAGUGGUUUGGGUGCCUACAGUGUCCCUGUAUAUGACAAAUUCAAAAUAUUUUCAAGAGAGUGCAUUGCCAUUAGAAUAUUUUUCAUAAUAGGGGUUAGCCUACCCUCGAAAUGUCCCUAUUUUGAGCCCAAAUCCUUCUGUCCCUCUUUUUUAUACUAAUGUCCUUCUUUUCUAGGAGCUCACUAUUUUUCGUGUGUCUGAGUGUAUAACAGAGCUCUGCAGCAAUAAUACUCCCUGUAAUAUGUCUUUAAAUUACAUUACAAUUGUUUAGAAAUCAGUCUGUGUAAAUAGAAUACACUGUCCUUAUUCAAUAUUAGAUUUUAAUUGCAUAUAUUAUUAUUUUUAAUAUUAUUAUUAAUGUCACCUUAAAUUUUUCAGAAUAGACCCGCACCUCACCACACCCCACCACUCACACCCCUAAAAAGUAUCCUUUUUUUGUCCAUUUCAUAUGUUGGAAGACAUGGGUUGGAGUUAUUUAAAGUGAGGAUUUGGAGGAAGUGGAACAAGUGUUAAUAGGUUCUACGUAGCCAUGAGUGAUAUUAGUUAUAAUGAACAGAAUUUUAGUAACAUCAUGAAUAUCAGCAACAUAUCCAGGAACACCCUAAUGUACCCUCUCUGUCCACCAUUUAGGCCCCCUUUACAUCAAUAAAUGCAGCUCUUAUCUCGUUUAACAUGAAACAAAUAGAAUGGAUUGUAUCUGUAUUUAUACCACGUUAUCACACUGCAUAAAGUUGAUAUUUUGAACUUCCUCAUUUUAGAAUUUUGUAUUUUUUUUUUUAAUAUUACAUUUUAAAGAAGUGGUUCAUUUUUUUUUUUUUAAUAUCAGGGUUUUUUUUCCAAUCAAAACAAUUCUGUCCGAAAGUUCGAAAUUCGAAUUCCUGACAGCUCACAUUUUAGUAAAAAGACAACAACAAAAAAUACAACUGGUAGACAAAAGGUUAUUCAGUAAACUUUGAAUUGUAGGGAAUCUUAAUCCAAAUGGCAAUAUUUAGGCUAAAAUAGCUCAUUAAAUUUUUUUUUUUUAAAUCGCCAUUUCAGAAAUAGUAACAACUUGUCUCUUUCAGCCUUAAAUUUUGCUAUUCAGAAUUAGAUACAUUACAAUUGAGUAGUUUAGGAAAAUAAACCCGUCAGUGUCUUUAUUUUGGGUUGGGAAUGUUUAGUGUAAAUCUAUUUCUAAAGGCUGUAAUUAACUGGCUAGACCGUCCUCUGCCCGAACUAUCACCCAGCCUCACCUACUCCACUAUAAGAUCUAUAUUAAGGAAGGUUAUCAAGGUAACAGCAGUGCCUUCAGAGAGGCAACAUCUGAAAGAACAAAAGGCAGAUAUCAGACAAACCCAUGCCUGAGGGCACACUAUAAAUAGAACUAGCUAUUAUUUAUCUAACAAUAUUCAAAUUAGACUUCAUUAAAGCAGCUCUGUCACCGUCUGAGGGCUUGUGAGGGGUGUAGGGAAAGGUGAAUUUUACCUAUCUGAACCCGUCCCUUGCAGACGCCAACAUCUCGACCGACUGCAAUUUCUUCAGCUCUUGGAGUUACAAUACCAUUUUUUUGUGAAGGGAGGACAGAGCUACUUUAACAUAAGGCUAACCAUUUUAGCAGUCAAAAGUGCUGAUAUUGUCGCUACUUGAAGUUUCUGAGAAAAGGUAACUUUGUGGAAUUCGUUGAGGGAAUUAGAUGAAUUAGAACUAAUGAAAAAAUUUAAUUGUUGGGAAUCCAACGUGAAUUCCAAUUAAAUUUCAAAUUGAAAAAUUCGAUUUUUGGGACAGUGGGACAGGUAUCUCAAACAAGGACUAACUAUCCUGCUAGUUAUGGACAACUGGCAAUUUUUCCAGAUAUGGUAGAGGUUUGGCUUGUGAGAUCUGUCUGAAGAUUUCAAACUGGUGGAAGAUUUCAUUAGACUAUUCAACAGGUUUUUUUAUGGGGGGCGGGGGAGUUAUUCAUUAACUUUGAAAUUUGUUUUUUAACUCACUAUAAUUGUUUUUAGUGAAUAAAAUCCGUGUUAGAUAUUUUGUAAACUUCUCGCCUCUGACCUCUGUGUGAACUCUGUGUAAAGCUCCAUUUGCUUCUGUGACAGGAAGAUUUGCCAGCAUUGCCAAUGCCCAUGGGAAGAACAUGGCAGUGUAGACACUCCCCAGGAUCUGGAACGCUCGUUGUGCAGACUGGUACCUGGGGCACAACGCCAUUCUUUGUGCGACAGUAGUUCUGACAGCUCCUUGGAAAAGUACGCAUGGGUACCACCUGGAUUAACCCCUGAGCAGGUACCAACACAUUCGCAUUUAGUGCCACCUUGGGUACUUCCCUUAAUCUAUACCAGCUUGGUCAUGCCAAAACUCUUUUUUUUUUUUUUAAUUGUUCUAUACGCUCAUUGUGUGGCACUGCCAAUUACUGCGCCCACCUAUCCUUCUACUUCUGCACUUGCCACCUGUAAUGGUCUAUCUGGUUUUCAGGUUCAACAGUACUUCAGCAAUUUCCCAGAGGAUAAGAUCCCGUAUGUACAGAGCAAGGGGGAGAGAUACAGAAUAAAGCAGCUUCUCCACCAACUUCCUCCGCAUGACAACGAGGUGAGGGGUUUGGAGAUAGAUCAUGCCAAUUUAGGCCCAGUAUUAGUUGGCUGUGGCCUGCCUUUAUUAUCGAGCCACUUGCUAAAGUAGUUGUUUUGGUGAUAGCUCUAGGUUUCUUAUUUCAAUUAGACAGGCCAAAACAUAUCUAGUCUAUGAUAAUAUUACUAUUAUAAAGCCAGUAAUAUGACGGGAGAUUUUUGUCAGAAAUGUAGGUAACUCAUUGGACAAUGGUCAGGUCUUUAGCCCUACUGCAACCAUUAUUCCCUUGAAGAAAGCAUUAACAAAAAAAAUCUGUACAUUUAUUUAUUUCAAUGUGUUUUGCAAAGAUACACAAACAAGUGAGCAAAUGCCUCAUGUUUUCAUAUAUAGAUUUUGGAAAUCACAAAAUAAAAUGAAAAACAAGUAUAUAAUAUAAAACUCCCACUUAUCCUAGGUGGCAGCAAUGGCUAUACUGUAUUACACAUCACCCCCAAUGCACAGAAAUAUAUAAUAAGGGUUAAAAGACUUACAUGUGCUUCACCAGGCUCCAAUGUAGUUACACAGAGCAAAAAAAUGUAAAAUAGGAAAUGUUAUGUUUAGUAAGACAAACCUUGGGCUAUUUACUUAAAUAUUUAUAGUACGUAGUUUACUUUUUAGAAGUUUCACAGACAGGUCUAAUAUUCCUUGUUCUUACUUAAAGGGCCACUCCAGGCUGGAAAUGAUAAUAUCAUUAUUUUUCAAUGCAUUGUAUAGCUAUUGUAAAAAAUUCAGGCCCCCCAACUGUCCUACUUGCAAAACACUCUUUACCAGCCCUGUAAUAUUUUUGUCCUCUUGUAUCCCACUUGCGCAAGCUUGUCAUUAAAUUAGCAUGUACUGUGCAAAGCAAACACAGUUCUGUGCUUGGGAUUCCCUGGAGAGGCACCACAAUAAGAUACUUAUUUUGGGGGAGCAUGCUAAUCAUUGGUGACUCUUUGGCACCUGCUAUUAGGCUGCUUUACUGUUAAAUGCCUGUGACAAAUUUUUGUCCCAGUCCGGCCCUCUCUGGAAGCCAUAAUUCAGUUGUACUAGCGAGUGCUAACACCAGAAUUACAGCUCCUAUAAAUUCAUCUGUAUUAGUAGAGCAUAAUUGUAUGCACUGUAGCUUGGGAGGUAGGGGCAGAAAUGGUAAGCUUAUGGAGUAAAGCCAAAAAGAUUACUACACCCACCCAUCCCAUAACUAACUUUACCUUGCACAUAAUAUGUGUGGGAGCCUGGAGUGGCCCUUUAAAGGAACAUUCUAAGCACCAUAACCACUACAGGAGGGUUAUGGUGCCAGAAGUACACUGGUGCCUCCCAAUAUAAGUUAAAAUGUAACAUUUAAGAACAGGUUGCUUUCUUCCCUGGGGUCAACUGGGCUUAGAAGAGUUAACGAAUACUGCAUUAGUAACCAGUGGACCACAGGUAACAAAUCAAGGUAUUCUAAAAUGGUUUGAUUACUUACAAUGGGCGAGUGCCAGGGCACUUUUUGCACCAUAAACACUACAGUGUGCUAUAGUGGUUAUGGUAUGUUAAGAAUUCUUUUAGCUUCCGAAUUCUCUUUUAUACGUGUGUUGUUUCCUUUCCCUGUAUGUAUUUUACCCUCUGUAUUGCUAUUUGCAUGGUUUUGUGGCAGACCCCGUGCUGCUGUUUUGUUCUGUGCCAGGCCCAGUACUGCUGUUAGUUUUAGCCGGUCCUGUCCCAGGCCCAGUACUGCUGUUAGUUUUAAGCCGGUCCUGUCCCAGGCCCGGUACUGCUGCUCUUUGCAGGGAGACGAAGAGGACCUGCUGACGCUCUUCAGCCAAAAGAGGAAGGUGGAAAACCUGGGCCGUGGGUCUGUGCGUCCAGUCUCCAGAACCAUGAGUGGGACCGUGUGCCAGAGGGUGAGACAAGUUUAUUUGGUGUAAGAUUCUUAAUUAUCUGCUUUCAAGAACAUUUUGGGAUUUUUAACGUAACCAGGGAUGGAGGAAAAUAGACACAAAAAUCUACAAUUUACAAUUCUUUUAUCAGUUCUACGCAACUUAUGCAAUAGCUUUGUCAAGGUUAUGCAUUUGUUAGUAAAAAUAUGGCUUGUUAGAAAUGCAAAGGGAAUACAAAGUAAAUUUAGAAUUUUUGUUUAAAAUAAGAGAAAUUACAAAUUAGAUCUUCCACUGGAUUACCCAUAAAUUACCCAUAAGGCAGCCAAAUAGACAUGCAGCUGCAGCAAUUUCAUUUAUCACACAAGUGUAAAGAUUUAUAAGCAAUUAGGGGUGCAUUGGACUCCUUUAGAACCAGAACUGGAUUAAGGUUAAGCAGUUACAUAGUUGAAAAGAGACAUGUAUCUAUCCAUUUCAGACUUUCACACCUCUUUUUCUGUUAAUUCAAAUGAAGGCAAAAAAAGUUUUGCAACAAACUAGAAAAAAUUCCUUCUCGACCAUAGAAUGGCAGUCAGAUCUCUCCUUGGUUCAAGAAGCUAUUACCACACUAAUUAAGAAUUGUAUCCCUGUUUGCAAGUAUUUAUCCAAUUGCUGUUUAAACAUCUGUACAGAUUCUGAUAAAACCACCUCUUCAGGCAGAGAAUUCCAUAUCCUUAUUGUUCUUACUGUAAAAGAAGCCCUUUCUUUUGCCUUACACUAAAUCUCCUUUCUUCCAGUCUAAAUGAUUGACCUUGUGUCAUAUGUAUAGUGCUGAAUGAAUAGAUUUCCAGACAAUUUUGUUUGGACCCCAAACAUAUUUGUAUAUUGUUAUGAUUUCCCUCUGAGACGACGUUUUUCCAAACUAAAAAGAUUUAAAUUUAUUAUCCUUCCUUCAUUAACUAAAAUGCUCCAUUCCUUUUAUUAAUUUUGUUGCCCACCUUUGCACUUAUUUUAAUGCCGUGAUAUCCUUCUUUAGAACAGGUGCCCAAAAUUGCACAGCAUAUUCAAGGUGUGGUCUUACCAGUAAAAGAGGCAAAACUAUUUUCUCCUCUCUUCUAACAUUCCAUCCCUAAUUCUCGGGGAAUUCAAUAUUCCUAUUAACCCACCUUUGACCUCUGCAGCCUCUAAACUACUUUCAAUUACUUCCUCCCUCGGGCUAUCACAGUGGGCUAAUUCUCCCACCCAUGUAGUUGGCAAUACCCUUGACCUAAUCUUCUCUUAUGCAUGUACAGUAUCUCAUAACUGCAACACUCCAUUUCCUCUCUCUGAUCACCACCUCUUAUCAUUUGCUCUCAUGUACUCCCUCACCCAACAACCUCAGCCUAACCCCCCUCAACUCAGGAGGGACCUUAAUUCUCUUGAUCUCCAGCAGUUGUCAGUUUAUAUUGAUUCAAGACUGCUGUCCAUCCCUUCCCUCUCCUGUCCUUCACUGGCCAUCUCAGCAUAUAACACUACCCUCACUUCUGCCUUGAACGCUGCAGCACCGCUCCAAACAAGCACCUCGAGGAGGACGCGCCCCCAUCCAUGGCAUACUAAAUCAACAUGCUACCUGCAAAGAUGCACCCGUUGUGCUGAACGCUCCUGGAGGAAGUCUCGCACCCAGUCAGACUUUCUCCAUUAUAGAUUCAUAUUGUGUUCAUACAGCGCAGCCCUUGCCCUUGCCAAACAGUCCUUCUUUUCCUCUCUUAUUAGUUCAUGCUCCCGCAAUCCCAGGCGUCUCUUUGACACCUUUAAUUCUCUUCUUCGCCCUGCUGUGGCCAUCCCCCAAACUAUCCUUACUGCUGAUAACUUUGCAUGUUACUUUACUGACAAGAUUGAACAGCUAAGGAAAGAAUUCUCCCCUCCUUGCCAUUCUGUUUCUCAACCACACAUAGAUCAUGCCCUUCCUACCCUUCAGACAUUCUCCCGGCUACUGACCAAGAGGUGGCUGCUCUUCUCUUUUCCUCUCGCCCCACCACUUGCCCGCUCGAUCCUGUCCCAUCUCACCUUAUUAGAUCUCUCUCCACUUGUCUCGUGCCUUCCUUAACGCACAUCUUCAACUGCUCUCUCUCUUCUGGCAUUGUCCCUGCUGACCUUAAACAUGCCACUGUAGUACCUAUACUAAAAAAAAAUCCCUUGACCCGUCCACCCCCUCUAACUAUCGUCCCAUAUCCCUGCUCCCUUUUUCCUCAAAGCUUCUGGAAAGACUUGUCUUUACCCAUGUGUCUCAUUUUCUCAAUUCCAACUCUCUCCUUGACCCUCUUCAAUCUGGAUUCCGCCCUCUCCACUCUACUGAGACUGCGCUUAUCAAAGUUACUAACGACCUAAUCGCAGCUAAAUCCAAAGGCCACUAUUCCAUACUAAUUCUUCUUGACCUCUCUGUGGCCUUUGACACCAUUGAUCACGCUCUCCUUCUUCAAACUCUUCAAUCGCUUGGUCUCUGUGACUUUGUCCUCUCGUGAUUUCACUCUUAUCUCUCCCAACACUCAUUCAGUGUCUCCUUUUCUAAUGAUACCUCCUCCCCUCGUCCUGUCUCGGUUGGAGUCCCCCAAGGCUCUGUCCUUGGUCCCCUUCUAUUUUCUCUUUAUACUGCCUCUCUAGGCAAACUUAUUACCUCUUUUGGAUUCCACUACCACCUGUACGCUGAUGACACCCAGGUAUAUCUCUCCUCCCCGGACCUCUCCCCUGACGUCCUGCAACAUGUCACUGCUUGCCUUUCUUCCAUCUCUGACUGGAUGUCCUCCCGCUUUCUGAAACUCAAUCUCUCUAAAACUGAGCUCCUUGUCUUUCCUCCUCCUAAUACUGAUCCUCCUCUUUCGCUCUCCCAAGUUUGUGGUACCCACAUCAGUCCAUCCUUGCAAGCGCGCUGUCUUGGCGUCAUACUUGAUUCUGGCCUCCCAUAUCCAUCCAGCAUGUUGCCAAAUCCUGUAGAUUCCAUCUUAAACACAUAGCCCGCAUCCGCCCCUUUCUUACACAAGAUCCUACCAAGAAGCUUGUCCAUGCUCUAGUAAUUUCCCGCAUGGAUUAUUGUAACCCUCUCCUGAUUGGUCUUCCCAAAAGCCGUACUGCACCGCUACAGUCCGUAAUGAACGCUGCUGCCAACCUGAUUUUCCUCUCUAGUCGUUUCUCUCACACCUCACCUCUCUGCCAGUCCUUACAUUGGCUUCCUGUAUGCUAUAGGAGUCAAUUCAAGGUACUAAUUCACACCUAUAAAGCACUGAACAACUCUAGCCCCUCUUAUAUCUCCUCACAGAUCCAUAGGUAUGUCCCUUCUCAGUCUCUCCGCUCUGCCCGUGACCACCUCCUGUCCGUUGUCCGCACCCGUACGGCCAACUCACGCUUGCAGGACUUCUCGCGGGCGGCUCCCUUCCUAUGGAAUAGCCUGCCUACCGCCAUCAGACUCUCCCCUAGUCUUGCAUCUUUUAAGAAGUGCCUUAAAACCCAUCUCUUUAGGAAAGCUUAUGGCCUCCAAGACUAACCUCUACCUCACAUACCUGUCUCUUGCCCUCUCCUAAAGGGCAGCCCACCUUAUUUGACUGCAAAUUCCUGUCCUAAUGUGUUUUUCUCCCCAAUAUAUAGUAUGUAUACCUUUAUUCCAGUCUGCUGGUGCUGGCUCCGCCCUUGAUCUGCUUUCUUGGCUGAUUUCAUCAGAAGUGGUGAUCUCAGCCAAUCAAAUGCUUUGCCAUAGGAAAGUAUUUGAUUGGCUGAGAUUGUCAAGGAGGCAGAACAGUAGCAGAGCCAGCACAUGCCAAACACAGCCCUGGCCAAUCAGCAUCUCCUCUUUGAGUGGCCAAAGGUGGCUUGGAUGUGUCCCUAGACUGUGACGUAAACACUGCCUUUUCUCUGAAAAGACAGUGUUUACUGUAAAGAGCCUGAAGGAAAUGAUUAUACUCACCAGAACAAAUACAAUAAGAUGUAGUUGUUCUGGUGACUAUAGUGUCUCUUUAAUCUAGGUUUGUGUCAUGUUUGUUGUGCAAACACUGAAACAUGACUUCCAAUGCCUAUUUCAAGAUCGUUUAUAAAUAUGUUAAUUAGAAACGGUCCCAGAACAGAACUCUGAAGUUGCCCAGGCAGGUUUCCAGUUUGGGUCCCCCUUCUAGACUACUGGGUUCUGUUCUGUGAGUGUUGUGUGUGUGUGUGUGUGUGUGGUGGGGGAGGUCUAGAUUAUGGUUAUAACACUGUAGGAUCAGAAAUACAUGUUUGUGUUCCUUACUCUAUAGUGUUCGUGUGUGUGUGUGUUUGAGUGUUGCAUGUUGUAGCCAGAUUUUGUGUGUGGAGAAGUCCAAGUGUUGUAUAUGUAUAAGGGACUUUGAUUGUGAGUGUUGUGUGUAGUGUCUAAGUGUGUGUUUAGCCCAUCUCCUGCUUACCUUGCCUGGUGCUGCAGUGGGGGAGUGUUGUAGUAUCCACCGGAGUGUUGUAGUAUCCUUCCUCGCAGUCCUGGUACUCAGUCAAUGAUUCACAGAGAUGGCUGGGUGACCAUGAGACGAUAAAACUCCUUCGAACAAGUGAGAUAACACAGGGCUUAGCAAGGAAAUCUUUUUGAUCUCCCUACCAACCCAAGGAGAACCUCUUUAAAGCCAGAGCUGGUGCUUCAGGCCCUAGGUGGCUGCCUCUGUCGCCUAAUGGAUAAACUGGCUUUACACAGAACUACUACUGGUUUAACCUAUUUUUAAAAGUGAAUAUUUACGUCAUAUACACUGAACACUUUGUUCAGUAGAUUCAGAUUUCAAUACAAUUUAGAGUUUUCUGAAUAAUCCUUUCUGUUGAGGUAGAUAAGAUGAGACAAAUGAAAAAGUCUUAUAAGCAGUCAAAUCCUAUUCCACCUUUCUGUAGCUAUGCUUAUCUCACAAUAGAAAGUGGAUGAGAUUCAGAUGCACAUGAAAGCUGUGAUCCCCAGGUAAGGUGAAUACAUUGUGUUCAAGGUGAAAGGCUACAGUUGAAAGCAAGUGGUGAGAAUUCUUGUUAAACAUGAAAGUAUCGAAGUGAAACUUGUCAUUAAGAUUCUAAUCUGGGUCACAUUGCCCGAAGUCAGAAAUCUGCACCAGGACAACAAAAAAAGAGUAAAUAGUAAAUUUCCAUAAGAAUGCCUCCUUGAUAAAUAAAUAGUAUAAUAUCAAAGGGAAAUCUCUUUGAUAUAUAAACAGCACCAUUAACAUUUGAAACCCUCCUUGAUAAAUUAAAGGGACACUGUAUUAACCAAAACCACUUUAGCUGAAAGGUACACUAUGGUGUCAGGAAUCCAAACAUAUUCCUAACACUAUAGUUGUAAAAUUAGGUUUAGGUGCCUGGCCCCACUUGCUUGCCUUUGAAAAGGUAUUUUACUUAUCUGUUUGCCAGUGCUGCACUGGUCUCACCAUGGCCUACCCAGCCUUGCUCCACCUCCAUGGUUGCGGUACUCAAAUUUGAUGAUCUCAGUCAAUUCAAUCCUUUCCCACACCAAAGCAUUGGGAGGCUAUUUCACACACAUGCAAAACACCACGCUGUAACAAUCAGCAUCUCCUCACAGAGAAGCAUUAAAGGAGUUAUUAGGUACUAUAGGGUUAUUAGGUACCCCCCUUUCUCAAAGCCCCCCCCCAACUUGACAGAAGGGGUUAAAACCCCUUCAGCCACUUACCUUUCUCCAGCGCCAGGUGGCGCUGGUGACCUCUUCUCCCCCACCGACGUCAGCUCCGAAUGCACAUGCGCGGUCAGAGCCACGCGCGCAUUCAAACCGCCCAUAGGAAAGCAUUACUCAAUGCUUUCCUUUGAACGUCCAGCCUGUCCUCAAUGCGAUUUUCGCAUUGAUGAUUGCGGAAGCGGCCUCUAGUGGCUGUCAGGGAGACAGCCACUAGAGGCUGGAUUAACCCUCAAUGUAAACAUAGCAGUUUCUCUGAAACUACUAUUUUUUCAGCUGUAGGGUUAAAACUAGGGGGACCUGGCACCCAGACCACUUCAUUGAGCUGAAGUGGUCUGAGUGCCUAUAGUGGUCCUUUAAAUCAAGGCAUCUGUGCUGUCUGAGUGACUGCUACUAGAGGUUCUAGGAAGUAAUGUAAACACGGAGUUUUCUCUGAAAAGGCAAUGUUUACAUUAAAGAGUCUGCAAGGACUUGCUGUAGACAUCAGAACAACUACAUUAAGCUGUAGUUGUUCUGGUGGCUGUAGUGUCCCUUUAAUGAAGAAGUUUUUGUGUAUAGAUGAUGCCACUGAAGUGUCACUGCUCAAUUAUCUGCCAUUUAGGAGUUAAAUCACCUUUGUUUCAGUUUAUGCAGUCCUAGCCACACAGACUGCAUGAAAUGUUGGUAAUUUUCAAUAAGUUGUUAACUUACUUUAGACUUUUUAAUUUUUUUAUCUCCUACUCUGGAAAUUGAACACACAGAAGGCUCCUGCACUGCAAAUCUGGAUGAAAUGAAAACUCUAGGCAGCAUAAUAACUUAAUUACAGCAAAGUUGUUAUAGUGCCUUGAGGUCCCAGGUGAUGACGCUGUGAAUGGUUAAAGCCAAACGGAUUAAUGCCUUUAGCUCCCCAGUCACAAAAUGGUUUGAAAAAUGCACAUAAUUUUUCUCAAGCCUUUUUUUAUGAAUGGGGAGCUACUAAUUGUUUAGCGCAUCAGCAGAAGCUCUCAGCCAAUCAGCGGUGCCCCUGUUGAGGCUUCCUGUUUCAUGAAUCAGAGAGCUGCAGAAUGACAGCGGCAGAGCUAAAUGGCUUCAAGACUUAAACCGUUUGUAAGCUUAGCUCUAAUUAGUGCAAUACAGUGGCAAUAUGAACACACUUGUGCUGUACUUGUGACUUGUGUUCUCUUGUGACCCAAGAUGUGAGAUACUAGCAAACAAACCUAGCAAUACUUUACUGACUUUCUUUUUCUAAUUAUAGAUCCUGAUCUCACCCACAAUAGCCUAAUAGUCUUCAUUAUUUUUAAUGUUUUCCUAAAUAAUCUAGCAAAUGCUAAAAUGCAAUUUCUAGUGAGUUCACUACCAAUAUGACAUGGCUACAAAUAAAGUAUCAAAACAGGGUGUUGUUUUUUUUUUUUAAUGAAAUUUUGCAAAUCAGCUGUUAGUUUAGGAACAACUUGAUAUUUGUCAGUGUGUGUAUCUUUAUGUGUGUCAGUGUGUGUAUCUGUAUGUCUAUGUAUCUGUGUAUGCGUCAGUACGUGUAUCUGUGUGUCAGUGUGUGUAUCUGUAUGUCUGUGUAUCUGUGUAAGCGUCAGUGUGUGUAUCUGUAUGUCUGUGUAUGUGUCAGUGUGUGUAUCUGCAUGUGUGUUGAUGUUUGUAUCUGUGUGUCUUUGUAUCGGCAUGUGUGUCAGUGUGUGUGUCUGUGUAUCUGUAUGUGUUUCUGUGUGUGUGUGUCUGUGUAUCUGCAUGUGUUUCUGUGUGUGUGUGUGUGUGUGUGUAUACAUAUAUAUACACACACACUUGGGGCAGAGGAAGGGCAGGAGAGUCUGUGGCUGAGGAGAAGCUGGGAGAGCCUGUGGUAGAGAAAAGGGAGAGAUGAGGCAGAGAGAAACGUUUACAUUUGAUAUAACCGCAGCUAUAAUAAUUACAAACAUUUCACUAAUAUGAGGGGUACAAUUUAUGGAAAUGGGCUGCCGAUGGGUACUCAAGUGAAAAAAGGUUUGGAACCACUGAUCUAGGCCAGCAGACCUAUAGGAAAAUCUACCUUUCUUGUCAGUGACACCUAGUGGAUGAAAGGGAGUACUGUACUUACAGCAACCAUCCUAAAUGAUGAUAGUAACGGUAGAGUUUAAAAAUCUUCUUAACGUAAGUGUAAAUUAAGAAUAUGCAAUAGACAAUUUUUUUUUUUACUGUUUUGAAGAAAACUUAAAGUACUGGAAAUAGUACAGAGGAGGACUUCAAAAUUAAUUUAUUGAUGCAGAAAGCAAGAAAGAUUAGAAAAAUACAUAAAUGUCCAGAGGAUAUAAAAUCCAAUAAACACAAAAAGAUUCCUUGAGAAAUAUAGAACUAAUAUAGUAUUAGAAAAAUAUAUACAGUUAGAUACAUUUUAUUAGAUAUAAAGAGAACAGACAUAAACACAACAUUAACCCAUUAAAAAGAGCCACAAAUAAAUAAACGCUCUAUAUAAUGACAAGUAGGGGGAGACUCUAUGAGAUGUUAGCUGAGGGUAAUAGGGAUGGGAGUUAGAGAACCUAAUAAGGUUUGUAUAUCUACUGCAGUAAACCUCUUGUGGCUAUAACAAAAGGCAAUUGAGGGCCCUAUAAAUCAAGACCACUAUUCUAGGUAAACUGUAUUGAAUCAAAUGUAUCCAGUGUAACAGUGUGUCAACACAAACUGCUACCUGAAAGAUUGUUACAAAAAAAAUGGGUUUGUAUACCAACUGCUGUAAAUCUCUUGUGGCUAUAGUAAAAGGCAAUAAAGAGCCCUGUAGAUCAACACCACUAUUAUGGGUAAACUAUAUUGAAUCAAAUGUAUCCAGUUAGGCUGGGAGGAAGGGAUGGCCGCUCGUCACUUCCUCCCACAAAGAGAGGAGCACGCGCGGGAAAGAAGAGUAGGCAGAGUGGAGGGGAACUGGCCAGCAGAGCCAGACCCCAACUCCUUCAGCCACCAGCAGGAAAGCCAGCCUCCAAGGUAGAAAACUGGAGGGUGGGUUUAAAACUGUACAUUUUUUUUGUGUGUGUGUAUGUGUAUGUCUGUGUUUGUGUCAGUUUGUCUGCCUGUGUGUGUCAGUAUGUCUGUGUGUGUGUGUGUGUGUGUCAGUAUAUCUGUGUAUGUCAGUAUAUAUGUGUGUGUGUGUGUCAGUAUAUCUGUAUGUGUUAGUAUGUCUAUGUGUGUGUGUGUCAGUAUGUCUGUCAGUGUGUGUUUUAGUAUGUGUGUCAGUGUGUGUGUGUGUCAGUAUAUCUGUGUGUCAGUAUGUCUGUCAGUGUGUGUGUGUCAGUAUGUAUGUGUGUGUGUCAGUUUGUCUGACUCUAUAUGUGCCAUCUGUAUGUUGUCUUUGUGUGUGUCUGUGUAUUUGAAUGUAUGUUAGGUUGUGUGUGUCAGUGUGUCAGUGUGUAUAUGUGUCUGUAUAUCUACAUGUGUGCCAGUAUGUAUAUCUGUGUGACUGCAUGCUUUUCAGUGUGUAUAUAUCAACAAAUACACCCCUGCAUUCAAACUUCAACACUACGUACAAACACACAUCUGUGUUACACACCAAAAUUAUAUGUAAAUAUAACCCUGCAUUCAAAAACCAACACUACACAUAAAUACAUGCUUGCAGUCACACCAACACCACAUACAAACAUAUUUCAUACAAAAACCUGUUUACAUUCAAACACACAAAAACUACUUAGUGUUAAAUACAGACCUGCAAACAUGGGUAAAUGGUAGAGCCCCAGCUGUCAAUGCAUUUCUGGAGUUGCACGACAGAUGGGGAUCUACCUUUUAAUUACCCAUGCGAUAGGGAGGCACAGAAAUUUUUUUGCACCUCUCUACUUUAGGUCCGCCACUGCGUUGGGGUGGAGGAUAUGAUUGUACGCCUGAGGAGGGGGGACAUGGUCCAGGGGGCCCAAGCAAAUGCUUUGCCCAGGGUCCAGUCAAUAUUAAAGAUGGCCCUUCGGUGAGCAGUUCCCUCGAAUGCCCCGGAUGAAGGCGCUUUAGUAGCACUGAAACAUACGUUGAAAGUAACCUUUUUUCAGGUAGCAGUUUGUGUUGAUACACUGUCACACUGGAUACAUUUGAUUCAAUAUAGUUUAAUAUGCAGAUAGACAGUAAACAAGAACUUGGUAUGUAGUAGAAUGUGACAAUUGAGACUCCAUAUUUGUCUGACAUUUAUAAAACCAUAUUUUUUAAAAUAUAAGAAUCCCUUUUUUUAUUAUUAUUUUUUUUUACAAUUCAAGCAUAUAAUAGAUAACAAAUGUGUUAAAACUUGAUCUUAACGUACUUGAGCUCCCUUCACCCCCCUUUGUACAAAAGCAAUGAACUAGUUACUUUUUGGAACCUAAGGUAGAAUUGAGCCAUGCCUCGCAGUGGCAUAACACAACUUAUUGCAGGCUGGGUAAAGCAGUCUGCUCAAUGCUGAAAAACAGCCUAAAGUAAAAUGAAUUUGUGAGUCACUGAAAAACACAAGAUAUAACCAUUAUCGCCACUGCUAUUAUCACUUCUUAAUGAGUGAAAGAAUUUGGAGGACGUAGAAUAAAUAAUUAUGAAUUAUAUGACGUUGAGGAAGCUGUGAAAGAUGCAUCGUAAUCACUGCUUUUAUAUGUGUGAAAUUCAUAUAGAAGUGGAUUACUGUUACUGAACGUGUCACCAUUUCUCUAAAAGCUGUCAUGCAUUCUUGCCUUUUGGAGACAUUUUUGUAGAGAAGUUAUCUUGGUUGCAGCAGUCGGUAUGGAUACAUUUCUAAUCUUAUGUACAUGUUCUUCAUAUAAUAUCCACUUCUUGUCAUACUGAUUUUAUUUUAUGUAUGGCAAAUGCUUUAUAUCUCAGGAAGGGUAGACUUGUUGUCACAUUAACGACACAAACAUGCAUUUUGAUAGAGCCUUUGUCAUGUUUCGUUUUGUAUUUUUGUUUUUAACUUUACAGUUUUCCUUGAAAUAAAUGUUUGAUCUAUGCCAGUGAUAAUAAACCUUUUGUGACAAUCACCCAAAUUAAAUACAUGGUAGGGUUGCCAAUCCAUCAAUUGUAUUAUUAUUAUUAAUAUUACUGGCAUUUAUAAAGCACCAACAUCUUCUGCAGUGCUGUACAGUUGUGGGAGCUUACAAUCUAAAGGUUAAAAUGAUGUGUUGAGGCAAGAGGUAGCAGGCAAAAUAUAGAGGUAAAGGCCAGAGAGAAUUAAAGCAGCACUGUCAACCCCCUCAAAAAAGUGAUGUCAUUGCAAGGAGGACCACGCCAGUCCAAGGACUAAGAUGGCAACGCAUGCGAGGGACAAAUUCAGGUAAGUAAAUGCACCUUAACAAGGCCCCCGGCCAUCAGACCCCCAGCACUGAUGUCACCGUCGGGGGACUUUUCGAAUUCGGCAAAGUCCCCUAACGGUGACAGUGCCGCUUCAAGUGAUGAUUGUAGACACUUGUUACAUAUGAAUGGGAAUGAGGAAGUAAUUGAGUGAGAUCUCAAGCAUCUGGUGAAGCAUGCUAUGAAGGAUGGAUCACGGUGUAACACGAAUUCAGCAAGCCAUAUAUAACAAAUAUAACCAAAUUAGUUCUACAAGGCUAGACUUUUCCACUGUCAGAGUGGACCACAUUGCACUUAUAAAGCCAGUGCUACUACAGCACCAAUAUAUUGUGGGCAAUUUCCUAGGACCGGAUCGAAAAAUGUUCCUUUAUUAGUCACAGACAACUCACUGAAAUAGUGUGUGCACCAAGGGGUUAAUAACCACUGACAUUUGUCUGUCUGUCUGUCUAGAACAAACGCCUAACCUAAUGAAACCCUCUUAUCUUCAAUUGUGCAGUGUGGGCAUCAGAUCAGUGCUGGCGACGUGGCUGUAUUUGCCUCCCGAGCAGGGCUGGAAUCUUGCUGGCACCCUCAGUGCUUUACCUGUGCCCGCUGUUUUGAGCUGUUGUGUGACCUCAUCUACUUCUACCAGGAGGGGCAGGUGUAUUGUGGGCGACACCAUGCUGAGCUUCAGCGCCCACGCUGCCUGGCAUGUGACGAGGUGAGAAUAUCACACUGCAUGGUAUUAACACUCUCUUCUCACUUGUUGGGGAGUUUUCCUUUGCAGAAACAUUGUGAUCUUGCCUAUUAAAAUGUCUCAGUUCCUUAUCAUUUCAUGUUUAUAAAUUUCCAUGUAUUUUGUGCAAUCUCUAUAUUUAUAAAAGAGAUAUUUAUAUCCUGCCACUCAAACUACGUCAAGUAGAUUUUAAUUUAGUUCUAUUCAUAGCGUGUUUUCUUCCUUUAAUUUUUAAUGGAUUGCACUUCCCACAUUUUUAAAGCUAUAAAAGGAUAUACACAAAAAACAAAUAUUCUCAUCAGAAUGACCUUAAUUCAGAAGCAAUUCCCAUAAGCUGAUUUUGGAAUAGUAAAUGCAACCAGGAAAUCUUUUUUUCACUGUUUGUAGUGGUUUAUAGUCUGCAUGCAGCAACCUGCACAUGCAUACAUAUACCUUUUAUGUGUGCCAUGUAAAAAUGAAUGAAAAGCAUGAUUGCAAGGUUCUGUUGAUAAGAUCUGCUAGCUUAGUCUAUAUUAGAGGAAUUAUGGGAUUUUCUCAUGGAAGAAAAUAGAAGUACUGGGAUUGGCUGAAAUAUUUUAAGCCACUUCCUGAUUUUGGCAAAGCUUUCUGUGGGUUUGCUGUAAAUCCUGGUUAUUUCCAACAAACUUAAAAAGUAAUCAGAUUUGUAUAUAUUAUAUUAAAAAAAAAAAAACAAUGUAAAAAUGGGAAAUCAACCUAACUCUGACGUGUCCCUGUAAAUAUUUUACAGCAGUUAAAAUCUUGCUGUAUCCCUGCCUGACAUUUUGUAUCCUUGUUUUAUUACAAACUAUUAAUCUGAUUAACAGGUAAAAAUAAUAACGUGAUUCCCUUUUCAUACAAACACACUUUUAAGCAGGGUCCUCAUUAUCCUAUUGUUCUUGUAACAUUUUGUUAUUGUCGCCUUUAUUGUUAAAUUUCCCCCUUUUUAUAAUAUUGUAAAGAGCUGCGGAAUAAGUUGGGGUUGUAUAAAUGUCAAUAAUAAUAAAGGCUAAAGGGGGCAGGGCCUGACUGCAGAGCUGAGAGGAAGCAAACCUCAGCAGCUCCUACUGAAUACAAUGAUUAAUGCAGAAUUUAAUUACCCUAAUGACAAUUCAGUGAAGCAGAAAGAUCAUCAAAUGAGGGGUGACUUCAAGCAGCACAUAAUGAUACCACCCGAGCAGCAGUGGGGGCAACCCUCGCCCGACAGGAGACUAAGGCCUACAAGCAGGGCAGGCGCGGGAGAGGCAGCCGCUCUCCCGCUGCCAAAACAGCAUGGAUCUCUUCGCCUGGGCCCAACCCCCCCCCAAACGUACAUGUGGCCUAUAAUGUUUUGCAGAUCAGUAGCUUGACAUGGUGAUGACACAAAAUAUGAUUAUUAUAACUAGCCUGUGCCUUAAAUAGCAGCCAAGAGGACCUGCCUAUAUAGCACUCAUCCAUCAUACUGUAUAUAACAUGCGACUAAACAAGGUUUUUGUCUUGCUUCUGCACGGGCUGUGUAUGUCUCACUUAACUUUCCACAGCCCAACCCUAAGAACCCACUCCAGACAAGCCUGGUCUGGAAGACUCGGGCUAACACACCCUUAAACAUAGAGAUAUACCUAUGUCCAGGUUAAGCAUGUAUAAGGUUCUAAUAUGUACCAGAUGUUUAAAUAUUAACGAGUUUUACACUACUUAUAGGAGGCUAUGUCAAACCACGUUUAAACAAAUCUCACUAACAAAUUCUUGAUUGACACAACUAUAUUUAAGUUUAAAGGACCACUCUAGGCACCCAGACCACUUCAGCUUAAUGAAGUGGUCUGGGUGCCUGGUCCAGCUAGGGUUAACCCUUUUUUUAAAUAAACAUAGCAGUUUCAGAGAAACUGGUAUGUUUAUAAAUGGGUUAAUACAGCCUCCAAAUCCUCUAGUGGCUGUCUCAUUGACAGCCGCUAGAGGCGCUUGCGUGCUUCUCACUGUGAAAAUCACAGUGAGAACUCGCAAGCGUCCAUAAGAAAGCAUUGUAAAUGCUUUCCUAUGAGACUGACUGAAUGCGCUCGCAGCUCUUGCUGCGCAUGUGCAUUCAGCCGAAGAGGAGGAUCGGAGGCUGAGAGCUCCCCGCCCGGCGCUGGAAUAAAGGUAAGUUUAACCCCUUUCCUCGCCAUCCAGCCCGGCAGGAGUGGGACCCUGAGGGUGGGGGCACCCUCAGAGCACUAUAGUGCCAGGAAAACGAGUAUGUUUUUCUGGCACUAUAGUGGUCCUUUAAGCAAAUUCAGAAUGUUUGUUGUAUGCACUCGUGUUUCUCACAAUAUAAAAAAAAAAAAAAGUGCAAGCUCACUAAUACCAAAAUUGUAACUCUUAUUAUGGGGCCAGAGGAUUGCCAUUGGGGUACCUCAGGCUUGUAUGUAAUUACUUUAUGCACUGCAAAAAAAUAAUACAGCUAAAAUACUAUAAUUUUACUUUUUAUAUAUCUAUAAUUUUUCAGGUGAUUUUCUCAACAGAGUGCACACAGGCUGAGGGUUACCACUGGCACACAAAACACUUCUGCUGCUUUGAGUGUGAAUGCACUCUGGGAGGCCAGCGCUAUGUUAUGAAGGACAGGCGUCCCUAUUGCUGCCCUUGUUACGAGAGGAUCUUCUCCCAGUACUGUGAUAGCUGCGGAGAGAGCAUUGGUAAGAGAAAUGUUAGACACCAGGGGGCGCUCUAGGGUUACACUUCAUCACUAUUUGGGACAAGCCACCCACACAGCAGCAAAUAGUACUGUGCGUUCUGUGAGCCUCAAAUGGCUGAAAUUGGAAUGUCUUCAAACCACUAAACUUUAAAAAGAACAGUCCACUCUACCAAGGCCCAGAGUUGCUUAAAUAAGAUGAGAAACAGGAGCCCAAAAUCACGACUGACGUGAAUGCAUAUCAAAGAAUCCCUUGGGAAUCUUAAUUUCAUUUUCAGUUGGCAGAAUAAAGCAGAUUUAAAUUAUUUUACAUGCAGGCGUUUGUUUUUUUGACACUUGAAUGAUUGUCAGCUUCAGGUACAUGUACGAAUUUGAUCUAUUAGCCAUGUUGUGCGGUCCUAGAGAAACUUAGUAAACAAAGAGAUAAAAUUACCCAAUUAUCGGGUCUUCCUCAUACAAGAUAGCCAUUGCAAAUGGAUGCUAAGGAAGUGUGCGGCAAAAUUGCAUAAAAUGAAUGCAUCCUUCAUUAUAUUAAUGAUUUUCUUUUUAAAUAAAGGGAGAUUCAUUCUAAAUGAGAGUUUAUUAUACGACUAUAAUUUUAAAGUUUGGCACUUUUUGUCCAAACUUUAUAGUUUUGUUUUCAGUUCACUACAAUUCGCUGUUUAAUGAAUAAAUCCAUUCGUUUAGGGCAGGAAAAUACUACAAAAAGUGCUACAUUGCAAAUAUCUGAAAUAAUACCCCUCUUCGAUCAGUUAGAAAGCUUAUGUUGGAUCACUUAUAUCAACAAAUGUUUGUUUGUUUUUAAAUGAAGUUAGAAUUUCCAUGUACCAGCUAGGCUCACAUGCUGUAAGGCUAUUAUUUUAAUGUAUAGUCUAUAUACAAUUCACGGGAUUGUUCUUUCUCUCCAGGUAUAGAUGAGGGACAGCUGUCUUACGGAGGGCAGCACUGGCAUGCAUCAGAGGGCUGCUUCUGUUGUGGAAGGUGCAGGACAUCUCUGCUGGGCAGACCUUUCCUACCACGACAUGGACAAAUUUACUGUUCCCGGAGCUGUAGUUUGGCACGAACAGUGAGUGAGCACUCAAUAAGCCCCUCACGAAUAGAGAUGCCUUUAAGGAAAGAGACACGAGAUGUGGGCACCUCUACAAAUCAUAACCCAGAAGGAGAGAGCAUUGGGGAGAGCAGAAUGGGAGGACGCUCUGUAUCCAUGUUAGAUCAGUCAGGGACAACCCAAACCUGCCACUUGCACACUCCGCUAAUGCGUUCUUUACACUCCAGUUUACGUAGAGUUCCCAAUGAAUUCUCACGUGACUGUUCCCAAAGACGUUCUCUGCCCGACCUAAGCAGUCAAACACGGACAGCAACUCGGGUCACUUUCAAAAUACCACUCAGCUCUGAACUCAAAGAACCUGUAAGGUUUUCUCAUCCUUCUUUCACAUCAUCCUCUUCGUCUGAUGAAGAAGAAGAAGGUUAUUUUCUAGGAGAACCUAUUCCCCUGCCCCCAUUCAUGAGAUCCCCAGGAUACAAAGCUCCACCGACUCCAGUUUCAACCCCAAAAAAGAAAGACAAAAGCUGCAAUUUAUCGUGACUUGACCAUAAGAUCACCAUCUUUGUGAAGGUCUUCAGAAUUCUGAAGGAAUAGUUUUUGUCUUCGGAACACCUGACUUAUCAAUGUUACCAUCAAGGACCUACCUUAUUUUGGAAUACAAGCAAGGUAGCAAAAAGCUAAAUUUUACACUGUCCCAUAGCACUUCUGACUGUGGAAACACCAAAAUUAUUCUAUUUAAUAAACCACAUCACCAAUAUCAACUUUUUUUUUUUUUUUUUUAUUCUGUUGUGAGAAAUGUAUUAAAAAAAAAUAAAUGUCACUGUUUUUUUAAACAUAAGUAAAGUUCUAAUGGUGGACAAAUUCGAUGACAGAAACGUGUCAGCACACAAAUACAUUAACACGUUCAUCUGUUCACAUAUGUACACUAAAGUAUUCAUAUACAAUUACACAAAAAUGCAUGUUAUUCAUUGUACAGAUAACACCCUGUGUGCCAGAGCUGGUAUCACCACGGUCAACUCUAUACAGAAGGUGGGGAAAAUAUGGAGGCACGCAGCUCGAGACAAAGACACCUCCAUCUUUGUGACCAUGAGCUUUAAACAUCGUCAGUAGUUUCUAGAAAGAACAAAAAAGGAGCAUUAAAAACAGAGUACGGUGUGCCUGGGUACGGUUUAUAGUAAUA